GUUCUCCACGAGCAACAGCUCCAGGCGGCCCAUGGCUGCGGCCGCGGCGCCUCAAACGGCUUCCUCACACGCCGGCAGGAAAAGCGCGGGAAGGGCCCCGCGGCGUCUCGCGAGAGGACAGCGAGAACCCAGCGGGCGCCGCGCCGUUCCUAAGCAACCGGUCUGUUUACGUCUCCGAGGAAAGCGGUCUCCGCGCCUUUGGCCGGGUCGCAGAAAGCCCGACAGAGAGCCUGCGAAGCCAGCGCGUAUUGCAGGGGAACCAUCCUCGCGUAGCCUACAGCUCGUUUCAGCAUCUCGCAUGCCUUAAAAACCCCUCAGGGUUUCUUCUCCACUUCCGGCCAUGGCGCUAGCUCAGCCCAGGGACCUGGAGCAGUACUUGGCCCUGGGCAAGAGGAGGCAUAACGAGUUGUGCAGGCAGAAACGGAUCUUCAACGCCAGGAACAGGAUCAUCGGGGGAGACACAGAAGCCUGGGACGUUCAGGUUCGUGACCAGAAGAUAAAAGAAGCAACGGAAAAAGCUAGACAUGAAACUUUUGCUGCUGAAAUGAGGCAAAAUGACAAAAUCACAUGCAUAUUGGAAGGCCGGGAAAGGCGAGAUAAGAGAAGCCUCUGUAAAGCCAUCAGUGACUUCCAGCAGCACUUCCAGAGGCCAGAAACGCGCCGUGAAUUUGACCUAUCAGACCCCCUAGCGCUUAGGAAAGAUCUUCCAGCUAGGCAGUCGGAUAAUGAUAUUCGGAAUACAGUAUCAGGAAUGCAGAGAUUCAUGGGAGAGGAUUUAAACUUGUGCGAGAGGAAGAAAUUCCAGGAGGAACAAAACAGGGAAUGGUCCUUGCAACAGCAGAGGGAGUGGGAGAAAGCCCGCGCCCACCAGAGAUGUGCAGAGGACCUCUACUUGAAGACAAGGCUGCAGUUUGAUGAAAGAGCCAAGCAUUUACAGAAUCUGGAAAGCGCCACCAGAAAGGCAGCGUGCACAGCUGUGAAAGAAUUCAACAAGAGCCAGGCCACCGAGUCACUGGAAAGGAAAAUUCGAGAGAAAAAACAGGAACAAGAAGACAACCUGGCUGAGAUCUCCAACCUGCUGCGUGGGGACCUGCUCUCGGAGAACCCACACCAGGCAGCCAGCUCCUUUGGGCCCCACCGCGUGGUCCCCGACCGCUGGAAGGGCAUGACCCAGGAGCAGCUGGAGCAGAUCCGCCUGGUUCAGAGGCAGCAAGUCCAGGAGAAGCUGAGGCUUCAGGAGGAAGAGUGGCAGCGAGACAUGGAGUGGGACCGGCGGAGGGCACAGACGGCGCGCGCCGCUCUGCUCAGGGAGCGGCGGCAGCAGCACCAGCAGCGAGACCUGCGCCGGGCUCUGGACUGCAGCAACCUCGGCCUGGCCAAGGAGCAGCGUGCGCAGAAAAAAUAUAUGGAGGAAGUCUGUACAAAUCAACCCACUGAAGAUUAUUUCACACAAUUUAAUACACAAAGUCGGUAAUAAUGAAAGAGAAACCGUUUAUGCCUAAAAUGCAGUAGCUGUGAAGAGUCACAUGUAUUAAAAAAAGAAAUCCACUCCGUGUCUCGGAGGUCCCCAUCUCACUUUUCUCCCGUGGACUAAAAUGCAUAGAACCUCUCUCUCCCUUGCACGUGUAUGAGGAGCAUUAGUCUCUGUCCAGCUCCGCUCGGAGAGUGUCCCCGGGGUCGGCCGUGGGGGCCGUGAGUGCAGGGAUGGAGCAGACGUGGCCCCGUGGAGGACUAUCCCAGAGAGAGUGGCGUUUGAGGGGGCCCG